UGGACUAAUUAAUUUGCUCUGGCCCAUGGCCCCCUUCCUCCGGACAUCUACAUGGACUCGAGUCCUCCUGGGAGGCUCUCUCUGGCUAUCUGUGCUCUGGGUAUUGUUGUGCCCCGCGUGCUGUUCCCGUGGUCCACCAAAAUGGCGCUUUGCUACGUCUGAAGUUGUGAUUCCCAGGAAGGUUCCCCAGAGAAUGGGUGGAAGCAAUAUGCCGGACCAGAUCACCUACAGCAUGCGCUUCAGGGGACAAAGGCACGUGGUCCACAUGAAACUCAAGAAGAACAUGAUUCCUGAAAACUUUCCUGUGUACACUACUAAUGACCAAGGAGCCGAGCAGGAAGACUACCCGUUUGUUCCCCGAGACUGUUACUUCUACAGCUACCUGGAAGGGGUCCCUGGGUCCCUAGCUACGCUAGACACCUGCAAUGGAGGUCUGAAUGGCAUGCUGCAGGUGGAUGACUUCACUUAUGAAAUCAGACCAUUGGCAUCUUCUUCCAAAUUUGAGCAUGUCAUUUCUCUGCUUGUGAUAGAAAGGUCAUAUAAGUCUAAAAAAUGUAGAAAUGAAGAGACCGUGGCAGAGGCAGAGGAAUCCCUUGAAGAGGCGAAGCUUGCUGGAAGUCCCAGGGCAGCCCCAGUGUAUCUGUGGCGUGUGCAUGUGAAAAUACUGCGAGUGCACUAUACGAUGAGUUCUUCACUAGCUAGAGCGAUCAACAACUUUACCGCCUCACUUGAGAUGAUAUUGGUUAUAAACAGCAUAGCAGAUAGCAUUUAUAAACUGACCGGAUUGGCUGUCUUUGCAGGUGCCAUAUGUAUUUGGGAAAGUGGAGACUCACUGAAUAUAAACCAGUGGAAUGAUAAUUCUAACAAUCUUGUGCAAAACUUUGGCUCUUUUAAAAAGGUUUACAAUGAAGUCAAGAUCUCCAUUUCAGUUCUUCUAACAGGACAUCAGGUUGGAGGUGUAGAUUAUGCCGCCCCUAAGAAUGGAGUGUGCAAAGAUAAUUGGGGAGUAGCAUAUACAUAUGUUGCAAACCAACAUCCUUUUCUGGCUGCAACUAUCAUGUCUCAUGCCCUAGGUCACAGUCUGGGUUUAGAGCAUGAUGCAACGGGCUGUUUUUGUUUCAGAAGAAGCCGUUGUGUCAUGAAUGAAUUUCCUGCUCUUCUGGAUAUGAUGAGCAAUUGUUCCCAAGCUGAGAUACAUGAUAAGAUCCAUGGAUGGGACGAGUGCCUGAGUUUCGAUCGUCAUCAGUAUAGCAACUUUAGAUACAUAGUUCCCCGGUGUGGGGAUAAGAAGCUGGAUAACCACGAGGAGUGUGACUGUGGCUCCUUUAAAGAGUGUGUCUAUGACAAGUGUUGUGCAACCAAUUGUCGCUUUUCUCAGGGCAGUACUUGCGAUUUAGGAGGUUGCUGUAAGGAUUGUUCAUUUGCACCCAUUGGAUUUGUGUGCAGAGACAAACUUGGCAUUUGUGAUCUGCCAGAAUACUGUGAUGGAACUUCGGAGACUUGCCCAGAAAAUUUUUACAUCCAGGAUGGAACUCCCUGCUCACCACUAGCAGUUUGCAUGUCAGGAAACUGCAGUGAUCGUGAUUUGCAGUGUCAAGCUCUUUUUGGAUACGAAGUAAGGGAUGCUUCGCCAGCGUGCUAUAAACAAUUAAAUCCCAAAGGUGACCGAUUUGGAAACUGUGGGAUGAAGUUACAAAGAGGAGGGAGCCAACCUCUCGCAUGUCAAGAUGACGGUAUUUAUUGUGGACUGCUGCAUUGUGAUGGUGUCAUCCGUGUUCCUGGUGGAGGUGAGCACACUACAUUUCAUCACAUAAAGGUACAAGAUAUUAAAGAAGAACAGUGCUUUGGGUAUGAUGUGCACCAUGGGACAGAAAUUCCAGAAAUGGGGCUUGUAGUGGAUGGUGCAACCUGUGGCCCAGGGAAAUACUGUAAAGCACAAGCCUGUGUUUUUCACCAACAUUUCAAUUUCAGAUGCAACAUCAGCUACUGUAAUUUCAGAGGGGUGUGUAACAACAGAGGCCAUUGUCACUGUGUGCAAGGCUGGCGACCACCAGACUGUGUACAGGCAGGAACAGGUGGUAGUACAGACAGUGGCCCGAAGAUCGCCUCUCGUAUGUUUAAAGCCAAAAUACAUGUGAGUGUAAACAGGAUACUAAUUGUUUUGUUUAGUCGUAUGGUUCUUAUCUUGGUUUCACUUAUUAUUGGUGCAAUUACAAAAGCAAUAAUGAUUGUAGACCUCAGACAGGAACUAUCUACUGUAAGAGGGAACUGAUUUCAUUCCAUACUAACUGGAGCCACACAAGAACAACAUCAUGUCAGUUACUACAAGAAAUUGUUAGUGAUUUCCCCUGACAGUCGUGUAAUCAUUCAUAAAUCUUGAGAUUUUCAUCUUGAAAUAAAAUCA